AUGGACUUGUGUUUGUCUCGUAGGGGUCUCCAGAGCUUUGAUGCAUCAAAGCUGUUGCUUGAGACAUCAGAAAAGUCUCGCCAAGGGAAGAAUCCCCCACCACGGGAAUGCUACAUCGCUGUACGUGCUUUGGAUUUGUCGCAUAACAGCAUCACAUCCUUUACGGGUAGGCAUGCACUGUGGUGUCUGACAGUCUUGGACCUCUCCAACAACUCGCUUAGCACACUUGAUGCUUCCAAUCUUCCCGGAGGACUUAUACGUCUAAAACUAGCACAUAACACUCUGCAGGGUUUGCAGGGAUUAGCCACCGCCGUUCCCAAGCUGCAGGAGAUGGAUGUGAGUGUUAACCGCAUCACUAGCUCGGCUAUCGGUGACCUCCCGAAAGGAUUGACCACCGUGCUCUGCCAAAGCAAUUUGAUUGAUUCUGUGUUGCCAUUUCUUCAGCUUCAGUGCCUUUCUAGCCUUGACUUGAGCUCGAAUCAAAUAGCCGACCUUGGGGACUUGCGUAGAUUGGGGGAGAUACGGUCUCUACGUCAUCUUGAGGUGCGCGGGAACCCUGCCCUGACUGAACCUGAAGCGCUCCCCUCGCUCCUUGAGGCGGUGCCGAAGCUUAUUCGUCUGGACCGCGUUCCAUUGUCACAGGCGGCGGAGAAUCAAAUGUUCAAGGUUCACCGUUCCAGAAGUGCAAAGGGGAGCCAGAGCGGGUCUCAGGCGAUGGUAAGAAGCGGCUCUCUCUCGAAUAGAUCUGCCACAAGGCGCCCUAAUGGCAAAAACGAAUCGGAUAUGGAGACACGCCUCUUGGAAACAAGAGUAAAAGAGCUCACGCGACUUGUGGGUGCCGCAGAAAAGUCGGAGCAGCAGCUACGCUACCAGAAGAAGAUUCUCCAGGAUCAGGUUUUGGCCUGUGCAGGUGUUAUAGAUUCCCAGGCGAUGGAACUAGAGCGGCUGAUGGGCAAAAUAAACGAGUUGAGGGAUGAAGAAACGUCACUGAAGGAGCCUGCUGCGGAGUUGGAACAAACUUUUGAGCAAACACAUGCAUCCCUCGUGGCACAUAGAUUAAAUCAGUCCUCUGGGCGUGCUUGA